AUGCGCGAGGACAAAAACCUCAAGGCGAACCUCGCAGCAUCCUACAACGAGCUUGUGCGAUCGUUUACUGCGCUUGCAUGCGAAACCAUCGGCAACUACAGCCUCGGCCGCGAAGUCGGGAAAGGAUCCUAUGGCCAUGCUUAUCAAGCGACGCACAAGUUUCUCGGCGGUAAGGUGGUGCUAAAAGGUACACCCAAAUCGGAAGCGCCGACACUUGCGCGCGAGAUUCAUCACCAUCGGCGCUUGCAUCAUCCGCAUGUUGUGCAGCUAUAUGAAGUCAUUGUAACAGAAGAGCGUGUCUGGCUAGUUUUGGAGCAUUGCGGUGGAGGUGAAUUGUAUGAGUAUCUGCUGAAGCGCCGUCAAUUGACUGAGCGCGAAACAAAAAAGAUUUUUGCUCAAAUAUGCGGUGCAGUGGCCUAUAUCCACUCUCGCGGCAUUGUACAUCGUGAUCUUAAGCUGGAGAAUAUCUUUUUGGACCGCAAGAAUAAUGUCAAGCUCGGCGAUUUUGGCUUUACUAGGGAAAAUGACAAGGGCUUUAUGAAGACGUGGUGUGGAUCAACAGCUUAUUCGGCGCCAGAGAUUUUGCGAUGUUCAAAAUAUCAGGGCGAGCCGGUGGACAUCUGGUCGCUUGGCAUCAUCUUAUUUGCUUUGCUCAGUGGACAAUUGCCUUACGAUGAGGAGGACGAGCUUGCGACGAAGCGUAUGAUUCUCGAGUCGCAACCUGUGUUUCCGCCUUUCUUCUCUGAUGAAAUGACACAACUUAUAACGAGUAUGCUCAACAAGGAUCCAGAGAAGCGCCCGAGCGCGCAAGAUAUCCUACAGCAUCCAUUC